AUGUGUGGGCCGAGCAGACUCCUGAGCUCCAGUGGGUCUUGAUCCGCGACUUCGCUAACAAGCAAAACGGGUACAUUUCGGUUUGAGCCUUUGCGCCGUGUACUCGUGCGAAUUCGUAUCCUACCGUUUAUUACUAUUGCCAAUUUUAUUACUAUUGCGUCGUAACAAUAAUCAUUUUAUUAACUAUUAAACACAUUUUGCUCCCCUAUAUUACAAGUGGAUGUCAUUACCCGAACAGAUUAUAAUGUCGUGAAUUUUUUUAAACAUUCUUUAUCGAACAUAAUUUUUUUUAUAAUGCCUAAAUGAAAACAGUUAAUCAACUACUACCUAAUUGCUAUCGAAAGUGAUUAAAUUUUAUGAUGAGUUUUUGAGUGUCCAGAGUGACAAUUUAAAUUUAGUACCUCAACAGUUGUGAGUGCUCAUUUAAUUUUCAAGGGGGUUAACAAAAAAACGUCAACAUUAACGCCAUAAUUAUGAACUCUUAUUUCGAGCAGAGCGGGUUUUACGGUGGUCACCACCACCAAAGCGCCAGCUCUGCCGCAGCACACCACCAUGACCAGAGUGCUGCAGCGGCCGCAGCAUAUCGCUCUUUUCCUCUAAGCCUUGGAAUGUCACCGUACGCUUCGAGCCAGCAUCACCACCAUCAUUCCUUACACCAAACCAGACCACCACAAGAUUCACCUUAUGAUGCUUCAGUGGCUGCCGCAUGUAAAUUAUAUUCCUCGUCUGCAGAUAGUCAACAAAAUUCCAGUUAUAGUUCGUCAAAUACAAAACCAGAUUGUUCCAAAGGCAGCGCAGAUCAAAACGGAUACGCAUCGGUGGUGGCGGCUGCUGCAGUUAAGGAUGUAUGGCAGAGUGCAACUACAGGUGGCGGCGCAAAUUUAGCAAAUAGUUUGGGAGGUCCAGUAAGGCCCGCCGCUUGUACACCUGAUUCCCGAGUCGGUUACAGUACCUCGGUGGGUUUGGUUGGAGGCGACCCUUCGUCUAGUCCAGGCGCCGCCGGAGGAAAUCGCACAUCUAACUCUUUAGCGUCUUGGAACAAUCCGUGUUCCCUAAACACAUCAUCGUCCCAACCUGUUGGUACGCAGAUACAUCAACAAACGAAUCACACCUUCUACCCGUGGAUGGCCAUUGCAGGUUCCACAUUUCCGUUAGGCCAUGGAGCAGGUGCUAAUGGACUUCGUAGGAGAGGACGUCAAACGUAUACACGGUACCAAACCUUGGAGCUAGAAAAAGAAUUCCACACCAACCAUUACCUUACUAGGCGACGGCGAAUAGAAAUGGCACACGCGUUAUGUUUAACAGAAAGACAAAUUAAAAUAUGGUUUCAAAAUCGAAGAAUGAAGUUGAAAAAAGAAAUACAGGCCAUUAAAGAAUUAAAUGAACAAGAAAAGCAAGCACAAGCCCAAAAGGCGGCGGCUGUAGCCCAAGGAGUAGGAGGUCAAGUUGAUCAAAACUAGUGGAUUGCUUAUUCUCCGAUUUCGGUAGCGGUGCAACAGUCACUUCAGUAUUGCAAAGAAUCCGGAAGUGCCGAUGCCUCAUGCCUCCGAUGAACCGGAUAACGGUCCAGUUAACCAUCCCACAACGGAAACCGCUUCGAAUUUGGACAUCGUCGAACUCGUACUUCUCGCUGGACUCGUAUUGUGACAAAUGUGUAUACUUAGUGGUUAAGUGUAUAUAUUACGUUUAAGCAACUGUAUUUAUAUGAUUCAAAUACCGUAUGAACUAUGACCCUUGUUUCAUUUAAGUGAAGAACUGUAACAUUCAGUCGAGAUACCUAUGUAACUUAAUGUGCCAUAGAUGAGCAAACGAUAUACGUAAUUGAAGCUCCUAAUAGAUGUAAGUUGUCAAAUAUGUUUUAUAAGUUAAAUAUGGUGCAAGUGUAACUUUUAAGAGCAGUUGUUAAAAAUUUAUUAAUGUUUUUAAAUUAUUAUUUUUAUUUUUUUUAAUUUUAAUGUAACAUAAUUAAAGUCGUGAAAUUCGAGCCAAAAAUAUGUAAUGUUUAUUUUCAAAGGUGCUGUCAUAAUUAUGUAAAUUUCAAACGUGGAAAUUUAUUCAGAUUGUAGUUAUUUUAUAUACAAUCCCUAAAACCGUUGAGUGAAGGACUAAAACUUACAAUCGAUCUCUACAAUAUCAUUGUAUCUAAUGUAGAUUUUUUGUUAAUUACGUGCUAAAUUUUGAGGUAAAGUUGAUGUUUAGGCAGCAGUGAAGUAUAGACACGUAAGCUUUGAUGGCCCAACCACACUGGCGAAUUGUUAUUUUUUAUUAUAUUGUAUAUCAACUUUCUUGUUGAGUUUUAAAAUUAUGCUAAUUCAGAGCACCGCUUGUACUAACUUAGUUUAUACUUUUCGAUUGAUUGUAAAUUAAUAGAUUUAGUCAAAAUUGUGUAUAUAAAUUAUGGAAGACGAAACCUCAUUAAGAAUUUAUUAAAAUUGCAGUGUGCGUGAUGUACCUAAAAUGUUUAUAAAAUUUAUAUAUCUAUAUUUAUAUAUAAGAAUUUCGUAAUGUUUUGUAUAUUAUGUUUUUAAAAGUAUUUAAAAUUAAUGACAGCAACUCAAAGUACAACUUUAGGUAUACGGUAUACGUAUUGUACUUACUGCAAAUAGGAACAAAGUACCUUGCAAACCGGUGUGUUUGGGCAAUAGUAUUAAGAUAUAGUCUUAUAAUCACAAAACUCUGUAUACUAAGCUGUAAAAUUCCGAUAGCCUAAGGAUAUAGUGUAUACUGUUUGCUUAGGGUAUUCUUGUUUGUUUUUGGUUUUAUAAAAUAUUUGUUGCGUAUUUGUUGCUCAAAAUAUAGUUUUCCAGUGUGUAUUAUAAAUAUCUUAUUGUCUAUCGUCCGUGUAUGACUGUAAUUUAUUUUAAUAAAAAGUCAUAUCAAA